UUUUUGGGUAGCUCAUUGACAACGGUGCAAUGGACGCCAUCACAGAGGGAGUUAACAACAUCAACAUCGCCGAUUCUUACAAAAAGAAUCGCAUUCAGGUCUCUAAUACCAAGAAGCCCCUCUUUUUCUAUGUUAAUUUGGCCAAGAGGUAUAUGCAACAGCAUAAUGAGGUCGAGCUGUCAGCACUUGGAAUGGCUAUCGCGACGGUGGUGACGGUUGCUGAAAUUUUGAAAAACAAUGGGCUUGCUGUUGAAAAGAAAAUUAUGACAUCAACUGUUGAGAUAAGGGAUGACUCUAGAGGUAGACCUGUCCAGAAGGCCAAGAUUGAGAUAUUGCUGGGGAAAACAGAAAAUUUUGAUGAGCUGAUGGCGGCAGCUGCGGCUGCAGCCGCAGCCGCAGCCGAAGCCGAAGACGGUGAGAAUGGAGAUGUUGAUGAGCAUGGCGCAUGAUGUUAUUCAGGCUUGCUCCUGCAUCUCGUUCUGAUAUGUAAUAUUGAUUAGCAUAUUUGUUGUUAGAACUGUAGAAGGAACCAGAUAAGCGUUAUAAUUCAUUGCGCUUGUUGAAUGAUUCUUUUUUUAAAUUUUCAAUGUAACUUUGUUUUUGUUCUUUAUAAAAUCGGUUCUAUUGUUCUUAUAUAUUCUUCACAAUAGAUACAUCCAUUCUGUUUUUCAGGGAAAAAAAAAAAGGCCUUGGGAAGGUCAUAUCCAUUUCUGUGGAAUUCAAGAUC